ACACAAUAUCACUUAAUACUCACGGGCACGGGAAAUUGUCAAUGAUGAAUAUACAUCGUCUGAGGUCGUUGAUGACCUCCCUGAUUUCCUCACAAAUGCAUCUGAUAAGGUGAAAAAAAAUUACGAGAUUUAAAAAAAAAAUUAAGAACAAUUAAAAAAAAAUAACAAGUUUGAAAUUUUUUUUUAAAUAUUUAUAUUCACCCACCUAUCCAUGUCUAAUAUUGUAUUUGGGAGUAGAAAUGGGAAGAUUUAUGGCACAUUUUCUCUUUUUAUAUCUGUAAAUCAUGUGAUAUCAAUUCUUCAUUUGAAUAAUAAAAAAUAAGACAGGUUUCCAACUGUACCAAUUUAACUAAUAAUACAGAAAUUCAGGGCGUUUUCCCCCUGUUCAUAUAUGGUAUAAGUACUUCAUUUAAAUAAUAAAAAAUAAAACAGGUUCUGUAUUGGGGGGGGGGUGUAAAUGUAACUUAAAAUUAGAAAACUUGAAAAAAAAAUGUUACAACACAUCGUUUUUGCAAGAUAGAGGAGAAAAAUACAUGAUUAAUUUUCUGUCAGUUACAAUUAUUGAUAAACCUGUUCGGUGCACGCGACUUAGGCAAUAGUAAAAAUUCCACAGAAAUUACCUGAAUGACAUUUUAAUGUUCACCAUCUGUUUGGGGGUAAUGACAGAAUGCAGAAAAUUUUACAGAAAAUUUUAUUAUGUCCAGAAAGAGACUGGGGGGCGAGGGGGGAUUUUCCAUUAAACUAUGCAUCUCUGGGUAAAUAUAAGAUAAAAUGUGGACAGGGUCAACUUUCACUAAUCUCAAUUCAAUGCACGGUGACUCUGGUCAACUUUCACUAAUCUUAAUUCAAUACACUGUGACUCUAGUCAGCGGAAGUUUAUUAAUUAUUGAAAAAAUGAAAGUGUUGAUUAUUUUUGUUACCCUUGUAUAUUUUGCAUUUAGCUGUGAGGAGUGUGACUAUCCUUUCAGUAACUAUGCAACCUGCACAGGAGAAACGGUCUGCGUUUAUGGGGCCGAAAAUGUGCAGGUUGAAUGUUGGAUGCGAGACAUUACAACAGAUACAGUUAUUAAACAAUUAUUUGUGAGAGGGGAUUGCAAUAUAUUACAUUUCAAACAAUUUUGCAGUCGAGGAGUUGAAAUCAUUGAAAUGGUGAAUUCCAACGACAAUCUAUCGUGUUCAGAAACGUCCACAGCUAGGAGCAUGGAAAACACUAAUGAAAUAGCAGAUAUCACUACGCCGACUAAUCAUAUCCCCCAUGGCAUCUCAACACAGGGAGGCAAGAUUACCUCUGUCACGACCCCGGUAUCUUUUAGUAAAACUACAUCUAAAAAUGCAGAAUCAUCCACCCUUAUUAGUGCGACCUCUACUUUGACCUCCGAUGGACCCACGAUUUCACACAUCACGUCCUCCACAACGCAUCUUGCGUCCACGACAAUUUUAUCCUCGACGAAACCUACUGACGAAAAUGAUAACAAGGUUGACGAAGCGUACGGAUUAGCCGUAACCGCUUUUGCGGUUAUUGUGACUGCGGCGGUGGUAUGGGGAGUGAGGAUCCUCUGGCAGAGAUUUAAAUGCGCCUGGAAACCACCACUCGCCAGGCGAGGAGCCGACCAUGCUGGGAUAGAGCUAGAGCGUAUGGAGAGGGGGCGUCCUCGUCGCCCGCCGGUCGGUGCUAUGGAGGAAGACGAGGAAGACGAAGAAGACGUGGAGGAGCCUCGGCGCUACAACCUCCGCAAAUAG